AUGACUCAAGUCAAUGAUGACAUAAUAGGUUUCUGGGGUAACCCAACUGCAACAGGUAUGCAUUGUCAUCCCAUAAAUAACUUCUUUUGGCAUCUGCUGUCUCACAAUUUAAUUCGAUUUCUUUCAUUUUUGCAAUUUACUGUGGAUUCACUUCGAAUAACAGUUGAUUGGUGCGAGAAGAACUAUGCAGUCACACAUUACGUCGCCGAAUUUUUCAAUACUUUAUCAUCAUUGUGCAUGGUAGGUGCCGGCGCGUUUGGAGUUUACAUGCAUUCUCAAGGAUUCGAAAAAAGAUUUCAAGUAUGUUUUGCCACAAUAAUCGUGGUGGGCAUAGGAUCAAUAUUAUUUCAUGGUACUCUAUUAUUCUCACUACAACUAUUCGACGAAGUACCCAUGAUGUUCUGCGUGCUCGUUUUAUGCUAUUCAGUGAUUGAGAAUAGAAAAGAAAGGAAAUACGGCAAUUGGUUCCCGGUGGCAUUAAUCAUCUGGGGACUCGCGGUUACUGCGAUAAUGGUGAUUUCUGGUAGACAUUCUCACGACGGAAUGAUGCAAGCGAUAGAGUUCUAUGUGUUUCAAGGAUCAUUUGUGGUGAUGGCUGCAACGGUGUACCUACAUACCGUCGCGAUCGUCCUAAACUCCAAAGCUGGAAAAGGCGUGACAAAACUCUGGACGUCGGGUAGUGCAGUAUUCUUGAUCGGAUACAUCGGAUGGCAUGUGGAUAUGCAUUUAUGUUCAAGCAUGUACUCGUUGCCGUUUAACGUACCAAAUCCUCAAUUGCACGCCUGGUGGCAUCUUACUGCCUCCUACGGAAGUUAUCUCAUUUGUGCCUUGAUCGCGUACGAUCGAUCAAUGAGGCUUGGCAAGAGUCCAAAAAUACGAUGGAUCGCACAUAUUCUUCCGUACGUUGAAUUACCACAACCUUCGCUAAAAACGUAUUCUGAGGAAAAGGAUGCAUUGGAAAGGAUUCCGUUGCUUGCUGCAGAGAACGAGAAAGAGAGUACUAUAAUAAGGGAAGACGAAAUUAGGAAUAUGAAUGAUUCCAUUUUUGCCAAGAACGACGCAACAUUAUCACAAAAAACGUUGAUGAGGGAGGAAAAACAAAAUGCCAUCACCACGAAUUCAAAAAGAAGAUCAAAUAACAACGGCUUGGCGCAGAAAAAACGCUUGAGUAAUGUAGAGGAGAAAAGGGGAAUAAUGAAUUGGGUGAAUAGUAUCGAGAAGAAGUUUAGGAUGAUUAUUAAGACAUAA